AGUAUCAAUUGAAGUGGCAAUAUGACGAGUUUUUAAAACAUUUACAAACAAUCUCUUCUUUCUCUCUUUUAAGUUUUCCUUCUUAGCUCAGUAUUCAGUUGAAAGUGAAGCCGGAAAGACGUUUUAGCUUUAUAAUUCUCUUGUGUACUGAAAAAUUUUGAAUUUUUUAUAGACUGUUAACAGAAACUAAAGUGCCAAUAUAGUUCUAAGACAUUUUUUUUUUGUGCGGAAAGAUGAAGCAUAUCCUAGUGUGGUCAAUUGUGAUUUUUGCACUUGCGUGUGUAAAACCCCUAAAUGGGGACAGUAUCUUUGGUUUUUGGUCACGCAUAAUGCCGACUGAUUCUUCUAUGGAAGCUACAGCUGAACCCUCAAAAUCUUCAAGGGAGAACUUCGCAGCAUUUGAAUCCUUUGAGACCAUUUCAACGGAAUCUGUGGGACAAAUCAGUGAGAUUAGUAAUAUUUGGAAUCCUCUGUCAUGGUUCCAAUCCAAUGAACCCGAAAAGCCGCUGCCCUUCAAUUUGGAUUCUGAAUUGGGGACAGCAGAGAUAAUACGACGCCACGGUUAUCCUUCGGAGGCUCACACAGUUCAGACGGAGGAUGGGUACUUGCUGACGAUCCAUAGGAUUCCCUGUGGACGGUCUGGGUGGACAAGUUGCCUGGCACAGGGACGAGGUCGCGUCCGUGCUGUAUUCGUCCAACAUGGACUUUUGGGGAGUUCGGCUGACUGGGUGCUUAGUGGCCCUGAAAAUGGAUUAGCCUUUCUAUUAGCUGAUGUAGGAUAUGAUGUGUGGAUAGGGAAUGCUCGUGGCAACACUUACUCCAAUCGCCACAGUACCCUGAGAAAGGAUGAUAGCAAAUUUUGGAACUUUAGCUGGCAUGAAAUGGCCAAGUAUGACAUACCAGCAGCCAUUGAUUAUGUUCUCGAAGUAAAGAAUACAGAAAAUCGAAAAUACUCCAAUGAUACAAAUCUUAAGAUUCACAAAGACGUCCUCUAUGUUGGACAUUCAAUGGGAACCACCAUGGCCUUUGCAAUGCUCUCAAUGCGUCCGGAAUAUAAUAGCAAAGUCAAAGCUAUUUUUGCUUUAGCACCGGUUGCAUUCAUGGCACACGUUAAAAGUCCUUUGAGACUGAUUGCACCAUUUUCAAAGGAUCUCGAGUGGUUAAUUAAAUUCAUGGGAAAUGAAUUUCUGCCAAAAAACAAAAUUAUCACGUUCCUGGCCAAGUAUGGAUGCGAAAUGAACAAUGUGGAGCGAUAUAUCUGUGAGAAUAGCAUAUUUGUUCUAUGUGGAUUCGAUACAGCACAGUACAAUGCGAAUCUCACUCCAGUCAUCUUUGCUCACGCACCCGCUGGAGCUUCGACAAAAACUCUGGUUCACUAUGCUCAGGAAAUUCAUGAGAAGGGUGAUUUCAAGUAUUUUGAUUAUGGUCGAAGCGAAAAUGAAGCUCUAUAUGGGCAACCUACUCCACCUCUCUACAAUGUAACAAAUAUAUCAGCUCCAGUGGCAUUGAUUUAUGCAACCAAUGAUUGGCUGGCCGGACCUCAAGAUGUGGAGUUGCUCUACAGAAAGUUACCCAACCCUAUUGGAAUGUUUAAAGUACCCUUUGAGGAUUUCAAUCAUCUGGACUUUAUGUGGGGACUGGACGUAAAACGUUUAGUGUACAUCAAUCUGAUGGAAAUGAUGGAGAAAUAUCGGUCAACAUGAACAAAUCGAAUUAAAAAAAAAUCUCUUUUACUUAAUCACAAAACUCUGUGUUAUUCCCUUUACAAUUAAGUACCCCAGUCCAUAUAAAAACGAAAUUGUAGAAUUGUCAUUAAUAAAAAUCCUGCGUAUUUUCCAGACUUUGUACAGAAACAAAA